AGGUAUGAUUUAUUUUUCCAAAGUUACAGCAUUUUGCCAGAUAUUUGAGACUGAACAAACACUUCUGGAAAUUAAAUGUCACCACAUGUCAAAUUAAUUAUCAAAGGCUUGAAAGAAUAUUGUACCGUUUCUUCACAAGCUAUUGUGAAAGCGGAGAUGUGUAGCUUAAGCAAAAAAAAGUCAGAAGAAAUUGUACUAGUCACUGGAACAUCCCAUGGCCUUGGUAUUUCCAUUGCUGAGAUGCUGGCAAAGCAAACAAAGAGGAAGUUUAAAGUUUAUGCAUCAAUGAGAAAUACGAGCAAGAAAGAUGAAUUAGUAAAGAAAACUGCGUGUUGUAGCAAUCUUGUUGUAAUCCAACUGGAUGUUUCUUCAGAAGAUUCUGUCAACGCUGCUGUGAAACAAAUUAUGGAAAAGGAGGGAAGAAUCGAUAUUGUUGUGAACAACGCUGCUAUUGCCUGGUGCGGUGUUUUCGAAGAGCAGCCUUGGGAAACUAUCACAGGCCUCUACGAAACGAACGUCUUUGGCCCACUACGCAUUAUUCGUGCUGUUGUUCCGUCUAUGAAGAAAAAGAAGAAAGGCCGCAUCAUUAACGUCUCCUCAGCUUCAGGAUUACAUGCUUUUCCGUUCAUCACGGUGUAUUCCUCAACAAAAUGUGCUUUGGAAGGAAUUACGGAUUCCCUGGCGCCUGAGUUUGCAAAGUUUAAUGUUCAUAUUUCAUCCGUUAUACCAGCCGCUAUAGACACAGGCGCCGAAUUCAAAUUCUACAGCGGGCAACUGAAAGAGGACGACCCAACGAGAGUGCUUGGCGAAAAAUUUUAUGCUAACACUCAAAAAAUGGCGUCUCAAGCUCAACCUCCAGCAGAAGUGGCCGAGUAUAUCCUAAAAGCGAUUACUGACGAAAAACCGCAGCCGCAUUACAUCACCAAUAAAGGAUUUGAAGAAGGAUUUGGAAAAGCAAAAUUUUGUGAUACAACUGGAAGAAUUCCUUUUGAAAUGAGCAAGAACUUUUUGGAGUAAUGCAUUGUUACGAUUACUGCUGUUGCAAUCAUGGCUAAAUACAUCUUACCUUUAACCUUGCUUUA